AUGCUGUAUCUUGGUCCACCCACGAUUGAAUCCAAUGGUCCUUAUAGAUUUAAAGCUCAUGCUGAUGAAGUUUUAAUCCUUCAAUCUUAUACUACCAUGGGUACAAAAUCUGUUUUCAAAGGUUGUUUAAAACCUAAUGAUGAAUUUACUUUUAAAUCAUCUCGUUUGACUGAUCGUCAUUUUGCUAUAACUAUCUAUAUCAAUGGAAUUAUUGAUCAACGUAUUUUUAUCUGUUGUGAAUAUGGAUUUGUUAAUCAAUCUCAUUUUCAUACAAAACGAAAUUCAUGUCAACUUCAAUCGAUUACUGGAGGGAUACCAUGCGAGAUUUGUCAACCUCUUGAAAUGAUGAAUUUUUUUUCGAACGAAAUUCCAGAUGAUUAUACGAAUGAUAUUACAUUUCCUAGUGUUCAGUCGGCAAAUUUAAAUUCGAAAUUUAUCAAAGAAAACUUAUUAACUGAAUCUAAAUCAAAUAUCAUAACAAAGAAAGAUGAUAACAAACAGAUGUCAUUACCAAAUACUUCAUCAACUAAAUAUAAUUCGAACGUAGACUCAAACAACACUCAAACGUCGAACAAGCAAGAUGAGAAUAAUAAUACGAAGGAGGGUGUUAAUCAACAAUCAUCGAAAAAUACCAUAACAGAAUUAAAACAAACUGAUUCAUCUGUUGAUGCAAAAAUUAUGAAUGAAGAUAAUAAAAUAGAAUCCAAUCGAGAAACAAAAGCUUCUAUGAAGUAUACAGAUUCAUCUUCAAUGUCAAUGUCAGCAAUAGAAAGUAAAGCGGAAGGUUUCGUUUUAAUAUGGUUGGAUAAAACUAUCCAGCAAAAUCAAGAUACAACUGAUUCUGAACAAAAACUUCGUGCGAUUGUUAAUUCAUUAGUUACUUUUCAGGAAAUUAAUGAUGUUAAGAAUUUUAUUGAACAAAUUCAAGAUCAACAAAUUUAUUUAAUCGUAUCUGGUGAACUUGGAGAAAAACUUGUCUCUACAAAUCAAAUUAUCGAUUCUCCGAAAUUAAAUUCUAUUUAUAUUUUUUGUCGAGAUCAACAAAAAUAUACAAAAUUAACUCAACAGUCUAAUAAAAUACGUGCUGUUUUCAUUGAAAUCGAUCCGUUAUGUGCUCGUUUAAAAGAAGACACCGAACAAGCAUUAAAAAAUCUCCUUCCUAUUUCUACAACAUCAGAAGAUUCAAAAAAUGAAAUAAAUCAAAUUAAAUUUCUCUGUUCACAACUUCAUCGUGAUUUUCUUUUUACUAUUGAAUACAAUAACAAUGCACGAUUAGAACUUGCAGAUUUUUGUUCCAAUAUAUAUAAAUCCAGUAUUCAAAAUCUCAAAUAUGUCGAAGAAUUAAGAACGAAAUAUCAUGCUGGCAAAGCAAUCUGGUGGUAUUCUCGAGAAACAUUUCUAUUUCGAAUGCUUAACAAUGCAUUUCGGACACAAGAUAUAUCAAUAUUAUAUAAAUUUCAUUUUUUUAUCAAAGAUUUACAUAUGCAAUUGGAACAAAUGCAUAGUUUAUAUAAACCAUCAUUAGCAACGCGAGUUUUUACUGUCUAUCGUGGGUUAAGUAUGUCUUUGGAUGAUUUCGAGAAAACAAUACAUUCUGAAGUUAAUAAUUUAAUUGCAUUUGAUAGUUUCCUUUCGACUACUUUGGAUAAAAAAACAGCUAUAUUAUUUUCUUCAAAUAAACAAAAAUCUAAAAGUGAAUCAGUUGUAUUUUGUAUGGAAAUCGAUGCUGAUCGAAUGGAUCGUCCAUUUGCUGAUAUAUCUCGUUGGAGUGAUCAUAAAGAAGAAAAAGAAGUUCUUUUUUCGACUGGAACUGUUUUUCGUAUUGUUAAUGUAGAAGAUAAAGAAAAAAAUGAUGGUAUUUGGAUGGUUCAUUUAAGUACUGUUAGUGAAAAAGACAAGAAAUUAAUGAAAGAAACACAACAAAUACAAACGACUCUAUUAGAAUUUUUUGAACGUGUUCUUAAUGCUCAAACUGAAGCCAAGAAUUUUCACAAACUUCCUGAUAGCAAUGCUAAUGUAGCUAAUAUGCUUUACAAACAAGGUGUAUACAAUGAAAGUUUAGAAUUCUAUCAGAGAGCUUUGCAAGCUCUAAACGAAUUAGAAUCACCUGAUCCAUUGACAAAAGCAAUAUAUAUUAGUAAUGUUGCCAGGGCACAUAUGGCAUCGGGACAUGAAGAUGAAGCUUUAGUUUUAUAUAAGGAAGCUUUAGAUAUUCGUCAUCGCUUGUGCGAAUCUAAUGAUCCAUCGUUAAUUCAUACUUUGCAUACUAUCGGUCAUAUUUAUCGUGGAAAAGAAGAUUGGAAUAAAGCGUUGGAACGAUAUAAUCAAGCAUUAGAAUUACUACUAAAGACACCUAUUGAGUCUGGUCUAUCAUCAGAUCCUUCAUCCAUUGCUGUUACUUAUAUUUGUAUUGGGAAUAUUUAUGAUCGACAAGAGAAUCAUCAACAGGCAUUAGAAGUAUUUUUAAGGGCGCUUAAACAACAACACGAACAUUUGCCGGAACAACAUCCUGCUUUAGCAUUUCUAUAUAAUAAUAUUGGUGCGAUGUAUUAUAAAUUGCAACAAUAUGAUAAAGCUUUAGAAAAUCAUCUCAAAUGCUUGAACAUUGAAUUGAAAGCAUUACCAAAAGAACAUAUAACAUUUGCUAAAACAUAUAAGAAUAUUGCCACAACCUAUGAAAAACUUCGACAAUUCAAUGAAGCAUUUGAAUUCGCGAAAAAAUAUGUCGACCAAUUAAAACUUCAUAGCUUAGAAGACAACAAAGAACUCAGCGAAGCGGAGAAUUUACUUAAAAAAAUUCAAAUAAGUCGAGACAAUAGGAAAUAA